UUGUGACGCCUGCAAUGAUAUUACUCACACCAAACAACCGGUGGGAAAUUACGUCAGGAAGCAGAAAACAGCAGCUUUAAAAGCUUCGGUUGCUCGGGUUUCCCAUUUUAGAAAAAUACUCUAUUCCGCUAACAUAGUUUUCUUCAUCCCUUCUUGUGUUUCGAUUUUUAAGCCAACCAGAACUGUUAGAAAUUGCUUCAAACAUGCCCCCCAAAUCGCUUGUUUUUAUGCUUGGGUAUUUUUUAAUUGGCUGUAACGGCAAUCCAACCAGCUUUUCAGAUGACUACGAUGUGAAAGCGCAGACUAGUGACGAUACGGAAUUGGUCGGAUUUGCGUCUUCGAACACUCCUCGAUCAGAGGACUUUUCCAACAACUUUAAUAUGCCAAAAUCACCGAAAGCGCAUCGCAUCAUUGGUGGCACUACGACUCCAGUCAACCAGUUCAGCUACAUUGUCAGCCUGCGUCAUGACGGCAGUCAUAAGUGCGGAGGUUCCUUAUUGGCGGACUUUCAAACGGUUAUCACUGUCGCUCAUUGCGUCUAUGAGCAUGGGUUUGUGAAGGAUGCCGAUUCCCUGAGCGUGGCAGUGGGAUUUCGCCAUCUAUCGGAUGCGCGUUCAUCGAACAUCAUAAGAGUCGAUCACGUAAUCGUCCAUCCGGAUUACGAUGAGGACACCUUGGAGAACGACAUUGCGCUGGUGCGCUUGCAGCGCAGUGCUGCCAGUAUGCCUAAUGUCGCUACCGUUCGGCUGCCGCCGGCCAACGCCACACCUCCUAUUGGCCAGAAGCUGCAGACUGCCGGCUGGGGAUUGACCCGUUCCGGAACGACAUCGGGCGCGCCGUCCCGUUCGCUGCGCACGGUGAAUCAUGUUGCGCGCGCCACCUGUCGUCGGGCGCUGAGUCGGCGUAUCCCCAGCAGCCAGAUCUGCACGGACAAUGUCAUGUCGGGGACCUGCUACGGUGAUAGUGGAGGACCCUUGGUUAAUCGACGCCUUGAUGGAGAUUAUCUGGUUGGCAUUACCAGCCACGGAGUUGACAGGUCAGCUAUUAUGCCCGUUGGAUCGAGAGCGUGGUUAACAGCCGGCGCUGGACGACCGGUGCCGGUACACCGGACCAUUUACCCGGCAAUGUUGUAUCAGAAUCGGGAGGACGGGACGAGGAAGACAGCGGAGAAACCCUGUUUUUGGGCGGGCUACUGGUUGCGGCAACAGUUUUACAAGAGCUUCUGUGUAAGGGCGGGACGCCCCGCCCUCCUGAGUAGCUAUUCGCUGUUUCUGGGGAUUUCCCCCCCGCACAUUGCUGCGCUGUUUUGACGGACCUGCAGCACAGUUGCACUGGCUGCAGGAUCCUUCCUCAUUAGUUUUGGUGUUGCUGCGCCACGGUGCGCAUUAGAUUCGGCAAUAAAGCCUCAUCCGGG